CUUUAUGUCAUAUAACAAGUUCUUCUUCCUCUACAAAACGAAAUCUGAAAACACACACUCCAUGCUUUCCCGGAAAGCAGCGAGAAAAUACCAGUAAGAACCCGACCUACUUCUUUAUUAUAUACACCUAUUUAUUUACCCACACUCUCUUUUUAUUGUUCCCCCGGCGGCAGACCAUCCAGGAUAUCAGCGGCCAUUAACAAACUCUUUAAGGUUCUUCUUCUACCCCUUGGCGCGCUCUGUUUUUCCCCAUUUUCAGAGACUUCAAGUUUUGGGAUCCAACAAGAAGAGCUCAAUAACAUCUGUUCUUUUGCUGAGGAUCUCUGUACAAAGACGGGAACUUGCAGCCACUGCGCUUUAGGAGUCUAAAUUGUGUGGUACUGUUUUUAUGUGAAUCUUUUUGUUGUAAGAAGUUAAGAACACAUGAUAAAGCUUUGCAAUGGGAUCUGCAAACAUGGAGAAGAAAUGGGUGUUUCCUCUUGUUAUCAGCGGACUCAUAUGUAUCUUCCUUGUUGCCACCUCUUUCAAUAUGGGUCUGGUUUCUUCACUACACAAAAUAAAUUCAAUUUUCUCUAUCUUUCAAUCUCGGGUUGUGAUGAAUCAAACAAGCUCUUAUUUUGCUGAAGACAAACUUAGGCAAUCUCCACCACCUCCUCCUAGUGGUCCUUCCAUCCCGCGUUUUGCUUAUCUGAUAUCUGGUUCAAAAGGUGAUCUAGAAAAGUUAUGGAGGACAUUGCAAGCAUUAUACCACCCACGGAACUACUAUGUUGUCCAUCUAGACCUAGAAUCCCCAGCUGUGGAGAGGCUAGAGCUGGCCUCCAGAAUCCAGAAAGACCAUGUUUUUACACAGGUUGGGAAUGUUGACAUGAUUACCAAAGCGAAUAUGGUUACUUAUCGAGGCCCCACAAUGGUUGCGAAUACUCUUCAUGCUUGUGCCAUUCUUCUCAAGAAGCACUUGGAUUGGGAUUGGUUUAUCAAUCUUAGUGCUUCAGAUUAUCCCUUGAUAACUCAAGAUGACCUUCUUUAUACAUUCUCUGGUUUAAAGCGAGAGUUAAACUUCAUUGAGCAUACAAGUCAACUAGGCUGGAAGGAGGGUCAGCGGGCAAUGCCUUUGAUUAUAGACCCUGGCCUAUAUCAGAAUACCAAGUCAGACAUAUUUCCGGCCACACCACGGAGAGAUUUACCCACAGCAUUUAGACUCUUUACUGGUUCAGCUUGGAUGGUCCUCUCAAGGGCAUUUGUGGAGUACUGCAUAUGGGGUUGGGAUAAUCUUCCUAGGACCCUACUUAUGUACUACACAAACUUCGUCUCCUCUCCUGAAGGAUACUUCCAGACUGUUGUAUGUAAUGCCCCAGAAUUUGUCCCAACUGUUGUCAAUAGUGACAUGCAUUAUAUAUCUUGGGAUGUUCCACCAAAGCAGCAUCCACACACACUCACUCUGAAUGACACAGACAAGAUGGUUGAAAGUAAUGCUGCCUUUGCACGUAAAUUCAAACAUAAUGACCCUGUAUUAGAUAAAAUUGAUGGGGAAUUACUUCAUAGGCGAAAUGGUAGCUUCACCCCAGGUGGUUGGUGUGCUGGUAACCCUCCUUGCUCCAAGGUUGGAAAUCCCACUGACCUUAAACCAGGUGCUGGUGCUAAAAGGCUUCAAAGCCUUGUAGGUAAACUAGUUUCAUCAGAAAAUUUUCAUCAACUUCAGUGUAAUUAGAAUUAUAUUGUACUAUUCUUUCUUGUUGAGUAAAGUGAGACUAGAAAGUAUGAAAAUAAGGUUGGGUAUAGAUUUCAUGAUUUAUACACAUGACAUUUUGAAGAAAUUUUGCUGCAGUCUCCCCUCGCCAAACAUCCCCCAAUUUUUAUGUUAUUCUCUCUGAGAAACAUAGCCUGUUAAAGUAAACAUAUACGAUGUAUGUUCUCUUCCACUUAAGUUCUGUUCUUAUCUGGAAGUUGUUUCCUAAUAAUAAGGUUGCUGAAAGGAAGAGCAUUUGACUUCA